AUGCCUCAACAACAACAGCAGCAGCAGUCGUGGACUGCAAGCAUUCUGAGCUUUCCUUUCAUGGUGAUCUUCCAGCUCAUCCAAUGGCUGGCCGACAAAAUGUUGUCUCCGAACCCGCCGCAGCACAGCGCCCGCCUUGGCAGGCCCAAGGUCGCCAUUAUCGGCGCCGGCAUCACGGGCGUGACGGCUGCCGCCCAUUGCGUUGGCCACGGCUGCGAUGUGGUCAUCUUUGAGGCCGGCUCUAAGGAGAACCUCGGAGGGAUAUGGAGUAGAGUCAACAGCACCUCGGGCCUGCAGAUCCACUCCCUCAUGUACCGCUUCCACCCCUCGGUCCGCUGGUCCCAGGGCUACCCGGACAAGCAGCAGAUCCUGAGCCAGGUGCGCCAGCUGUGGAAGCGCUACGACCUCGACGAGAAGACGCGCUUCGGCACCAAGGUCGACAAGGUCUACCAGGACGAGCAGGGGCGCUGGAUCAUCAACAACACGUCGCUGGGGCGGUUCGACGGCAUCGUCGCCGCCAUCGGCACCUGCGGCGACGCCAAGGUGCCGCACAUCCCCGGCAUGGAGAAGUUCAAGGGCACCAUCUGCCACUCGAGCGAGCUGGCUGGAAAGGACGCCGCGGGCAAGAAGAUCGCCGUCAUCGGCGGCGGCGCCAGCGCCGUCGAGGCCCUCGAGUUCGCCGACGCCGAGGGCGCCGCCAAGACGUACGUCCUCGCCCGCUCCGACAAGUGGAUCAUCCCGCGCAACGCCCUCGUCGACAUCCUGCUGUCCUUCAACCUCCUCGGCCGCGAGACGGCCCUCUCGUGGAUCCCCGAGGCGCUCAUCCGCAGGCUCUUCUACCGCGACCUGCAGGGCAUCGCGCCCGGCAAGAAGUCCGGCAGGGGCAUCUUCACCGACACGCCCAUGGUCAACUCGGACGUCAUGGACAAGCUGCGCGCGGGCACGGCCGAGUGGGUCCGGUGCGACGUCGAGGGGUUCGCGGAGCGCGGCGUGGAGGUGAACAGGAGGGCCAGGGGCGUGCCGGCCGGCGGGCCCGGCAAGCACGAGGUCAUCGAGGCGGACCUGGUCGUCAUGGCCACGGGGUACAAGCGGCCGCAGCUGUCGUUCCUGCCGGAGGACUGCUUCGACGAGCCGUACGGCCCGCCCAACUGGUAUCUCCAGACGUUCCCGCCGACGCACCCGUCCGUCUCUGCUAUCAACUGCACCUACGUCUCCGCCAUCGGCACCGUGGGCAACUGGCACAUCGGCAUCUACACGCGCAUCCUGCUCAUGUUCCUUCUCGACCCCCUGACCCGCCCCGCGCCCUUCUGGAUGGAGCGCUGGAUCGACAUGACAAGGCUCCUCAAGGCGUCGUCCCCCACGGGCGCCUUCGACUUCUUCACCUACAUCGAGCUGCUGUGGUGGUUCUGCUUCUGCGUCGCCUUCAACCCCUUCCGCUGGAAGUGGGCCGUCUUUGUCUUCUUCGGCGUCGGCUUCGCCCUGCCCAAGUGGAUCACCGACACCGAGGCUUCCCUGAGGGGGGGUGAGCAGGGUGGGGAGGGGGAGGACUCGAGGAAUGGGGCUGGGAGGGACGUCGGGACUAGUAUCUGA